GGCAAACUGGCCCAAAACAAAACAAAUCGAAAUUGUUUAAUAAUUAAAUUAUUUUAAUUGUUAUUAACCAAUGCGAAUUGCCAUCAAGUGAGGCUGAUAUUUUUCAGUAUUGAAAAGAAUAAUUUAAAUAGGAAAGUAUCAAGUGACCUUAUUGUAUUGCUGAUUUGAAAAAAUCGAGUUCGAGUGGAAAUUAGUGCAUUUCAAAUUCAAGGCUGGAAACUGAAUAGUUUUCUUUGGAGCCAGUUUUGGUGAAAUAUGCUCUUAAAAAUCUUGAGUUGUCAAAUGACUUUUGGCAAAAUAGCCCCAUGGUCCAGCCUUCGAUAUUGCAGUACUGGUAAAGUUAGGGUACGAUUUGCUCCAAGCCCUACCGGAUACUUGCAUCUCGGCGGCCUUAGAACAGCGCUUUACAAUUUUAUAUUUGCCAAAAAACAUAAAGGAGCAUUCAUUUUGCGUAUUGAGGACACUGACCAAACCCGAAAAGUGGAGGGAGCUACAGAAGCUUUACAGACUGAUUUGGAGUGGGCUGGAAUAGAAAUACAUGAGGGGCCAAACAUUGGUGGUCCAUUUGGACCGUAUUUACAAUCUGAAAGAUUGUCACUAUACAGAGAACACGUCAAUACCUUGUUAAAUAAUCGUUCUGCCUAUCAUUGUUUCUGUACGGAUAGAAGAUUGCAGUUACUUAAAAGAGAAGCCGUUAAAGCGCAGGAAAUACCAAAGUAUGACAACAAAUGUCGGCAUUUAUCACAGGAAGAUGUUCAAAGGCGAAUGAAUAGAGGUGAAUCGAGCUGCAUUCGAUUUAAAAUAAGUGACAAAGAAGAAUCCUUCCACGACUUGAUAUAUGGUGAUAUUAGUUAUAACAUAUCUCUCAAUGAAGGUGAUCCAGUGAUAAUGAAGUCUGAUGGAUAUCCAACAUACCACUUUGCUAAUGUUGUAGAUGAUCAUUUGAUGGAAAUAAGUCAUGUCCUUCGAGGUGUAGAAUGGCAAAUAUCAACUACUAAGCAUUUGCUCCUGUAUAGAGCAUUUGGUUGGAAUCCACCACAGUAUGGACAUUUACCCCUGCUUAUGAAUCCGGAUGGAACUAAGCUAAGUAAAAGACAAGGUGACAUUAAAAUUAGUAGCUACAGAGAAAAUCAUAUUUUCCCUUUGGCUUUGUUAAAUUUCAUUGUUAAUUCUGGUGGGGGAUUUGAAAAGGACCAAGAAAGACAUUUAAAGCCAAAAUGUUAUACCAUUCAGGAGUUAUCUAAUCAGUUCAAUUUAUCAAAAAUCAAUUCACAUUCUGGAAAACUGAUGGCUGAUCGAUUAUUGGAAUUUAAUAAUUUGGAAUUGAAAAGGCAAUUUGAAAAUAAAGACUUAAGGAUACAUUUAAUUGACGAGACUAAAACGUUGGCUAGGAAAUAUUUGGCAAAUAGGGCUGAUAAAGACUCACCACCACUUUCCGAUGAAUUUAUUGAAAAAGUAUUGGAAUGGUCUUUAAACAGAAUCAGUUAUUUGCCAGACCUGUUUUCUUCAAACUUUGCCUUUAUCUGGAGUUUACCGCAAACAUAUAGUCUUGUUGACGAAAAUGUCGCCAAUGUGUUGCCCAGUUUGAAAACCGAACUCCUUCACCUAGAAGAAGUCGACAAGGAGAAGAUAAACGUCCUACUCAAGGAAAUUAGCAAAAAUCAUAGUGUCAAAUAUAACGUCUUCAUGAAGAGCCUUAGGUCCAUUUUGAGUGAUUUAAAGGAAGGUCCAAGCGUAGCCGAAAUGAUAGAAAUUUUAGGCAAAGAAGACACUAUCAAAAGGUUAGAUUUAUGUUUGAAUAAAACCACUUUUAGCAGGUAAUACAGUUUUUUAUUUCACCAGAGGUAUAUAAUAUCUAUAUUUUAUUUCAUAAACAUUUGAAUUGGAUCAAAAUUUGAAGAAAAUGAUAAUUAAAUAAUAAAUUAUGACAUCAGAUAAUGACUGAACCUCUUUACUUUCCAUUAUGCAUGUGGUGUCGGUAAGACCUAUAUUCAAAAUCGUCCAAAUAAUUACAGAAUAAUAUUCAUUACUAUUACUAUAUUGAUAACAGUUAUAGUCUGUCCGGUGAAUGUUUUCCGCUGCGUCAUCGUUUGAAAUGUAUGAACCUAGUCGGUAAAAAUACAAAUAAAACGAAAACAAAUUGUAAUGUCUGGGAUUAGUGCAGAAAUCGAUGACGCAGCGGAAAACAUUCACCGGACAGACUUUACCGACUAGGUUCAUACAUUUCAAACGAUGACGCAGAGGAAAACAUUCACCGGACAGACUAUACCUUGGUAAACUUGACAUACUUGCAUAAUUUGAAAGUAAAUCCUGUUUGUUCUACAUAUCAGCUAAUUGGGUAUACAAUAAUAAUAAAAACAGUUUUAAUCAUUAGGUCACAUUCUGCUAAAGCCUGGGGUAAGGAAGUUAGCAAUGUUGUGUGACCUAUAAAGUAAUCUCUAAUCGUAAUAUGAUUGUUCUAAUUUUGUGUAUUGCUAAGACGAUAAAAAGUUUGGAUUUCAGCAAAUCUACCUCAUCCAAAUUUUUAUACGUACGUAAAUAUCACAAGGAUUGAAGGGUCCAUUAAAUAUUCUGGGUAGUAAUGAGUUUUAUUAAAAAUUGUUUUUUUUUUAAUCGAUGGCAGUGCUUCAAUUUAUUUUUCAAUUUAUCAAACUGGUAAUGAAUAGACUGCCUACUUCCUACUUAAAUGUAAAUGUAUGGAUGAAACAGGAGUUAAAAAUUGCCUGAUGUGAAUUAGAAUGGUGAAAUUAUCUAAGUUUCUUUUAUUUCUAACUUCAAGAUCUACUAAACAUGUAUUAAACCAGCAUCCUGGUGCACAGUGCAUAAAUUGAACGACUCUUGGCUUUAACCAAAUCAACUUUCAUAUUGAAUUUUUUUUUCUUACUAAAAAAAUAAACAAAUUUAAGUAGGUGGUCAAUUAAUAACCAAUAACUAAACCUGUACAGGGUGUCAAAUUAUAAAGUAUCACCCCCUGUAACUUUUUUAUUUUUAAUUGUAUAUAAAAAAGUUACAGGGUCUUGGUACUUUAUAACUUGACAUCCGGUACAUAUUAUUAGUCUUCGUUUUGACAAAUAUUUCCAUACAUUUUCAUUUAGUUUUUUUCCCAUUUUUUGCUCAACUAACUUCAAUUUCAUAAAAAAAAUAAUUAGUGUAUGGGCAAGCCAACUUAAAGUGAAAAUAUGGUGCCAUUUGUAUGGUGAUUUGAAAAUUCAUUAUUACCCAUUGAAGUAUUGUUAGGUACUAUUCGGAGUUUGAUGUACUUAAUUCGUUACACAUUAAUUUAACAGUGUACUAUAUUUUGCGUUGUCAUUAUUUAAAAAUAAUUUCAAAGACUCCUCACCAUGGUCUUUUUUCCUACAUAUUGGUUAUUUACCCUGAGAGGAAUCAACAAUAUUUUUCUUAGAAGGUAAUUUGUUUAUAAACUUUAACAUAAUACCUACAUAUUAUAAUAUAUUAUAAUAUCGUUUUUUUAUGGUAUACUUCAAAUUGUAAUGGGGAUUAUCUAUAUUUAGUAAAUACAAGGUGGGCCAACGAAAAAUUGACAUCCUGAUAAUAAGGACUUGAAAUGAAAAUCUUGGACCUGUCGAUUUUUCAUUCGAGGUGGAACUAUUUGUGUGCUUUUUCUUCCUUAUAAUUUCAAAAUCCUGGGUGGAACAACCGAGAGGGGCCGUUGGUUGUACGCUGCUCAAUAUCCAGAGCCUUAACGAUUAAUUCAUGACUCUAAAGGCGCGUUUUCACGGGUCGAUCUGAGUCGAACGAUAUAUGUCGAUCAUUAAAUCGAAAGCAAAUUGAACAUGUAAACCACCUUUCGACUUGGCCGUUCGACGGAGAGAGUCGAUUCGACCGAAGUAGAAAGGUUGUCUACUUUUACAGGCAAUCGUCGCCGAAUCGAAGUCGAACGACUGGAAUCGAAUGUGUAAACACCUCACCGAAAGAAAACAAAACGUGCCGAAUGCUGAAUGGUGUUGUUUAAAGUUUUUAUUUUUGGUGCGACACGCUAUAGGUUUGUGGAAAAUUUUCUGCCUUGCUGGUAAUGCUUCACGCAUAUUUGUAUCGUUCCUUUGAAUUCUCCCUACAUUUUUUUGUAAAAGUUCUUCAAAGUGAGCAUUAUCCAUUCUGAGAUGAUUUCUAUAUGCCUUUGGAACUUCUACAACCAAUUCUCGAAGGAGAUUUUGUGAUGCACUUUGGGUAUUUCGUUUUAAAAUCUAUGGCCGGGUCCAACACCUUCGUUUAUUUCUCUUUUUUUUUCGAUUCAGUCAUUAUUUCAUCCCGAAUCGCACAACAAAUUAAUUGCACACCUACAUCAAUAAUUUCACUUGACGCCAUUUUGCAAUUAUUCAACAUACAUCGCCUAUGGUGUAAACCUUUUUCCUUUCAACACAGAUCGAACGAUGGUCGAACGACCCAGGGCGUUCAACUCAGAUCGACCCGUGAAAACGCGCCUUAAAUUUCGCAUCAGUAUUUCCAUCAACAAGGAAAUUACGAGAAAUCAAAAUUCAUUAUUGUUUCUGGAUGACUCUAUCGGAACGGCAUACAUGAAAUGUGAACUUUCCUUUAAAAAAAUUACUUGUGGAGACUUUACUAAAGUUUAUAUUAUUUAUGUAAAUAGUUGCCUAAUUUAACUUAUGAAGAUCAAGUGAAAAUGGAAAAACUAUUAUGAAAACCUACUUGGGUAAGUAUUCUUUAUGAAUUUUGCAUUACUACGUCAAAACUUGUAUUCGUUACGAUGACAUGCGUAGUCAAAAAGUCGGAGGAGUCAAUUUGAGAAGAGUGUACUUGAACAUCAACUACUGUGUUCUUAUCAGAUUUGGCUUCAAGAUAUGUUUAUUUAUUCUGCUUGUUCUCCUGGAUUGGUGGGAAAUCGGUAUAUAAAAGGGAUCAAGGGCGGGAACGUUGCUGUUCUAGAUCAUAUACCCAGGGAUCCUACGCUGCGUUGUGUAAAUAAGUUCCUUGUUUUGUAACAUUGAAAAUGUCACUGUUUGUUUAUCUGCUUUAUGACGAGUAUUCAAUUGAGCGUACUUGGUCAUAGUUCAUACUUCCCAUUAACCAUGUAAUUGUGGAAUUCCUGUGCAGACCCAAAGCCGCGUCCACAUUAGUAAAAAUUUACGUUGUGCGUGGUAUUCGGCACAAAUUUGUGUGUGCGAUACAAAUUUAUGCGAGUGUGGACCUGUCUCCGUUAUCAUCAAAUUGCAUUGAACAGUCUUUAAAUAAUAAAGUAAAAAAAAUUGAAAAUUUAUGCAAAAAUUUAAAAAGUUUGAAUUCUCAUUUGGCUUAUUUCCUUUUAAAGAACGCUUUAGCUGUACCUAAAUUGUCAUAUAUUUUAAGAUCUUCACCAUGCUGGUUAGCGAAAAAAUCACUUUCCCAAGUCAAUCUCCUUUUUAAGCAGACUAUGCAACAUAUAACAAACUCUACACUUAACGAGGAAGCUUGGUCUCUUGCAUCUCUUCCAGUUAGAUUUGGAGGACUUGGUAUUCGCAAUGUUGAAAAUCUAACGUUUCCUGCCUUUUUAGGUUCAGUUAAUGACACAGAAUAUUUAACAUCCCUUAUACUACCAAAUUAUAUUAUCGAUAAAAAUUAUACAGAUUUUGACUUUGCAUUGAAAAAUUUGUUCAAUCUUUGUAAUCUGAAUACUAUUCCGUCUCCAUGUCCUAAAACUCAAAAAGAUUUUGACAAUUUUUUUUGUAAAAAUUCAAUACAAUUUAAAAUUCAGAAUUCUGAUAAUCCAAAAUCAAAAGCUAGACUUUUAGCUCUACAAGAACAAGAGAGUAAUGCGUGGCUUUGUGCUUUGCCUUCUCCUCCAUUGGGAACGUUAUUAGAUGAUUCCACUUUUCGCAUUUCCGUUGCCCUUCGUUUAGGUCAACCGGUGUGUGAAUAACAUACUUGCACUUGCGGACAAUUAGUUGACAUUCUGGGUCAUCAUGGCCUGUGCUGUUCCAAUAGUGCUGGUAGGUUGUCCAGACAUCGGUUCAUAAACGAAAUUCUGCACAGAUCUUUGGUUGCAGCAGAUACUCCUAAUAGCCUAGAACCAAUUGGUGUUUGUAGAAGUGACGGAAAGAGAGCAGAUGGUUUGUCAUAUUUCCCUUGGAGAGAAGGCAAACAAUUGAUAUGGGAUGUAACAUGUCGAGACACAUUAGCUGAAAGUUACAUUUCAAGAACUAGCAACAAAGCUGGGGAGGCAGCUUUUCUUGGGGAGCAACAAAAGAGAUGCAAAUAUAAGGAAUUAGUGGAGAAAUUUGUUUUUGUUCCUUUUAGUGUUGAAACCUUGGGACCCUGGGGUGUAGAAGCAAAGGACCUUGUUAAUGAGAUUUCUGCACGAAUUAAACAUUCUGGCAAGAGGUCAUUAACAAGGAGCUUCAUUGUUCAGCUAAUUAGUUUGGCUAUUCAGCGGGGCAAUGCUGCUUCGAUCAUCGGGACUAUCCCGUAUCAGUCAGGUUUAGAAGAGAUAUUUUAUUUAUUCAAUUAAUUUUUUUUUUUUUUUUUUAUUUUUAAGUAUUUUAUAAUUUUAUUAGUAAAAUAAAUCGAUUAUUAUCAGAUAUAAAAGGGAUUUGCGGCGCAACAUCGUUCUAGCGUGGACGCAUUUUUUCGCGAAAGAAACAAAUAACCAAAAACAAAUAACGCGCACACUGAAAUAAAAUAGGCACACUGAAAUAAAAUAGGCACACACGCGUUGAGCAAGAACGCACGCCGCACAACACAAAUAUUUAUGUCGGUCAAGAUGCCAAAUUUACUCCGCAAAAAUUUGUGGCGAAAUCCGAAUUCAACGCAACGCAUUUAUUUACUAAUCUGGACGAGGCUCAAGAUGCAGAUCUUUAUCUAAACAUAUUCAAUCUCUCCAGCAUUUUUCCUCGAGUUAUUGCCAGUUCAUGUAGUUUCAAAAGCACUUCUUAUGACGAGAGUGACUUUUGAUUUUAUUUUAGGCGUUCACGAGUAGGUAUCACAUUAAGAAUCUUGGCAGCAUCAAGCAUCAUUAUCUGUGGGUUUGAUAGCUGAAAAAGCAUAUUGUGAAUCCAAAUCGAUUUCACAAGCAAACAAAUUAAUCAACCAUCCAAGGACCUUUUUUUUCAGUUAUACAUGUAAACCCCAUACUUUGUGAGUGGCUUGCUUACAUCAAGUCCUACAACUUUUUCCUCUACGACUUUUCUCAGAAAUGGCAAGUAUGCGCGCAGGCGAUUCGCAAACAUGUCGAUC